UCUAAAAGCUUGUAUUCUAUUUUUAGCAUUCUUUUAAUUUGAAAUUGUUUAACUGAUGAUGGCUGUUUAAAACAGUCAAACGUUAUCAUCUUAUUAAAUAAUUGCUGGAAUUAAUAAUGUGUUGAGUUUUUAUUUAAUUUUUUUUUUACUCUUAUUCUCAAUUGUAACAUGUAUCUUUUAUUUCAAAUUAGAUUUUAAAAUGUCUUCAAGUAAAAAAAUCAAAGAAAUGGAAGUCUCAACCUACUUUGACGAGUUGUCAGACUCAGAUAUUGAAUCUUCUGACAAUGACAGUCAAAGUAGCGUUGAGUUUCCAGAGUACAGGGAUCUCUACUCGGACUAUGAUGAAGAGGAGGAGCCUGCAACCUUGACAUCUGCCGCACCGUCCACCUCUGUCGCACCGUUCACGUUCGCUGCACCGUCCACCUCUGCUGCACCGUCCAUGUCUGCCGCACCGUCCACAUUCGCCGCACCGUCCACCUCUGCCGCACCGUCCGCAUUCGCCGCACCGUUCACGUUCGCUGCACCGUCCACCUCUGCCGCACCGUCCGCAUUCGCCGCACCGUCCACCUCUGCCGCACCGUUCACGUUCGCUGCACCGUCCACCUCUGCCGCACCGUCCAUGUCUGCCGCACCGUCCACGUCUGCCGCACCGUCCAUGGCAUAUAUUGGACCCUCCUCCUUUCAGCUUUCUGAUGACGAGUUGGAAGAUGAGGUGUACGUUGAAGUUCUGCCACCAGAACAAUCUCUACCUGCUACUUUCCCUUUCAAUGAACUAUCUGGCCCCAAACAUAUGCCUCCUCCUGAUUCUCAUCCUGUAGAGUAUUUUCACCUUUUUUUCACUUUUACUUUGCUUUCUCUUAUGGUGACAGAAACUAAUAGGUAUGCCAAGCAAGUCAUAAAUGGCUAUGGGGGAAAUGUUCCCAAAUAUCUGAAGAUCUGGAAACCAGUCACUGUUAAAGAUAUAAAGGGGUUUUUGGCUAUUAUUUUUGCAAUGGGAAUUGACAGACGACCUAAACUAGCGGAUUACUGGUCCAAUCUUCCUCCGUACGUAUCUAAGUGGUACGCGGAAAUUUGUAGUAGGAACCGCUUUUAUCACUUGCUUCGAUUCUUCCAUCUCGUAGAUAAUAGUAAGUUGCCUGGCCCAAAGGAAUUAGGUUAUAGUCCCUCUGCAAGAUACCAACCUUUGGAGGAUCACGCGAACAAGGUGUUCAGACAUCACUAUACCCCACAUCGUGAAAUAUGCGUCGAUGAAUCACUAGUAGGAACCAAGUGCCAUAAUCCGAACAUUCAGUAUCUUCCCGAGAAAAAACAUCACAAGUGGGGAAUCAAACUUUGGAUGCUGUGCGACUCUGUUUCGCACUAUUGCCUGGGCUUCUUCACUUACAAAGGGGCCAAGUCCCAGGCAGAGAAGAACAAUAUCUCAAAGUUUGGUUUGGGAUAUACUGUUGUUCGGCAAUUAGUGAAACUUGGUAACUAUGAUAACAAAGGUUAUCACGUGUUUAUUGACAAUUAUUUCACGUCUGUACCCCUUGUUCGUGGCCUAUAUUCCCGCGGAACUUACUGCACUGGGACAGUGCGAGCACUCAGAAAACAAUUACCUCUUGGCUUCAACGAAAGAUUCGCAGUAGGCCAGAUCAAGUAUUUCAGGUCUGGCCCCAUAUUGGCGUGUGGGUUCAGGGAACACGAGAAUAAUCCACAACCGGUACGUCUUUUAUCCAGCCACGAAGGGGCUCGCGACACCAAAAUUGUUAAGAGACACGGAGUGGAGAAAUUAAAACCACAAAUAGUUUUAUCAUAUAACAAGUUCAUGGGGGGGGUCGAUACUCACGAUAUGAUGCUAUACACGUAUUUGGAUGAAAGGCGGACCAGGAAAUGUUGGAGAAAAGUGGCUUUCAAUAUCAUGGCCAGGAUGAUGUUGAAUGCAUAUAUUCUUUACAAAGAAAAGUCUGGAAGUCGGAUGACCCACCAACGCUUCAUCCAAGAGGUAAUUGAAAGCCUGAAAAAAGAAUCAAAGGAGGAGAGCGUGCCUAUAUGCCACACACCCCCAGAUCCCAGAGGACCACCAGGACUCCGAAAAUUGCCUGGUAGGCAUCAAUUCCACUGUGUCGUGUGCAGCACACCAAAUCAAAAAAGGACAUCGACUAGAGUAUGCACAAGAUGCGGAAAAGGAUUGCACGUGGAUUGUCUCAUCAAACAUCAGUGCUAACAUGAAAGGUACAUGAAAUAUUGAUAUAAUUAUAGUAGAGAAUCAAUUAUCCGACCCAAUUGGGGACUCGGGUUGGUCAGAUAACUGAAAAAAUCAAA